AUGUCAGGAUACGAUCCGUCAGGCAUUGCAGACGUCGUCUACGGCGUGAGAGCAAGCCAUAAGAAAGUCUUCCCCAUCUAUGCCCAGGCCAACUUUGAGCGCGUCGCAAAGAAGUAUGGUCGCCCUGUCGGCACGCUGCGUGUGAGGGCACCAUUCUUCCGAGAUACUCUGGUGACGACGGAUCCUCAGAACAUCCAGACCAUGCUUGCGCUCAAGUUCAAGGACUUCGGCUUGGGUGUCAACCGAACAGAAAACUUCGAACCGCUCCUCGGACAUGGCAUCUUUGCUACCAAUGGCAAGCAAUGGGAGUACUCCAGAGCGUUGCUGCGACCACAGUUCAUCCGCGGCCAAGUCAGCGACCUCAAUCUCGAAGAAGGGCAUGUCAAAGCUCUCAUGACGGUGCUCAAUCGCCAUGUCGGACCAAACGGCUGGACAGACCUGGUCGACCUUCAACCUCUCUUCUUCCGACUCACGCUCGACUCUGCCACCGAAUUUCUCUUCGGAGAGAGCGUCAACAGCCAACUGGAGGCUGGCGAGUCCGGAGGUGAAAAGGACGGCAGUUUCGCGAAUGCCUUCGACAGGGCGCAAUACACUCUUUCGAUCGGGUCGCGUCUGGGGCCCAAUUACUGGAUCGUCCAUCUCCCCGAAUUCCAUCGAAUGGUGAAGCAGGUCCACGAAUUUGUCGACUACUUUGUCCGAAAGGCCCUUCAUCAGGGCGCCAGUGAGAAGCCUGUGAAUGAGGACAAGUACGUCUUCCUCAACGCCUUGGCCAAGGAAACCCAAGACCCCGAACAACUUCGAUCCCAGCUCCUCAACAUCCUGCUUGCCGGCCGGGACACCACGGCAUCGACGUUGGGCUGGUUCUUCUUCACCAUGGCCGAUCCUCGAUAUGCAUCCGUCUUCCGCAAGCUGCGGGCUGUUAUCCUGGAUGAAUUCGGAACGUACUCGAGUCCCAAGGAGAUUACAUUCGAAAAGAUGAAGGGCUGCCAGUAUCUUCAAUGGUGCUUGAAUGAGUGUCUUCGCCUGUAUCCUGCGGUUCCCAUGAAUGUCCGCACCGCACAAGUCGACACGACGCUGCCCACGGGUGGAGGUGUUGAUGGACAGUCUCCGAUAUUCGUACCAAAGGGCCAAGACGUUGGGUAUUCGGUUCAUCUGAUGCAUCGCCGCAAAGACAUUUGGGGCCCCGAUGCCGAAAUCUUCAAGCCGGAGCGAUGGCUGUCGCGGAGACCGGGCUGGGAUUAUCUUCCUUUCAAUGGCGGACCGAGGAUUUGCAUUGGCCAGCAGUUUGCACUGACAGAAGUCGGAUACGUGGUGAUCAGAACGAUGCAGCGAAUCGACAGCAUCGAUGGGUCGCAGGUUGGUCCUGUCAAGCAUGGCUUGACAUUGACCAACUGCCCGGGCGAGGGGGUCAAGGUCAGGCUGCACUUUGCCGAGUAG